AAGGAGGAGAGGCAGAAGUACGAGAGGUAGAGGAAACUGGAGGUGACAGCAAGGAGAGUACGCAACUGCGAGGGGUAGCUGAAGUGGGCCUGGCGGCUUCUUCGUGAACGCCGGGAGGGCGGGCCAUUGGAAGGGAGGGCAGCGCGGCGGCGCUGCAGGCGGGAUCUGCCGAGGCGGGGGGUGCCAUGUCUCGCGAGCGGCCCCCCCGCACCGACAUCCCCCGCAACCUGAGCUUCAUCGCUGCGCUGACGGAGCGCGCCUACUACCGCAGCCAGCGGCCCAGCCUCGAGGAGGAGCCAGAGGAGGAGCCAGGCGAGGGCAGGACACGCCUCGGGGCCCGAUCCCGCGCUCUUGCUUCCAGUCGGGGCCGCAGGGCUCGCUCUGCGCCCGCCGGAAGCGGCGGUGCUCGGGCGUCCCGCAGCCGCAGCCCAGAUACCCGCAAGAGAGUGCGUUUCGCCGACGCGUUGGGGCUGGAGCUGGCCGCCGUGCGCCGCUUCCGCCCUGGAGAGCUGCCCCGGGUGCCUCGCCACGUACAGGUCCAGCUGCAAAGGGACGCCCUCCGCCACUUCGUGCCGUGCCAGUCCCGCACCCGCGGCCUCCAGGAGGCGCGCGCCGCCCUGGAGCCGGCCAGCGAGCCCGGCUUUGCCGCCCGCUUGCAGGCGCAGCGCAUCUGUCUGGAACGCGCCGAGGCGGGCCCGCUGGGAGUGGCUGGCAGUGCGCGCGUGCUGGACUUGGCCUACGAGAAACGCGUGAGCGUGCGUUGGAGUGCAGACGGCUGGCGGAGCCAACGCGAGGCGCCCGCUGCCUAUGCCGGCCCGGCCCCGCCCCCGCCGCGCGCUGACCGCUUCGCCUUCCGUCUGCCCGCGCCGCCCAUUGGGGGUGCCCUGCUUUUCGCUUUGCGCUACCGCGUGACGGGCCACGAGUUCUGGGACAACAACAGCGGCCGUGACUAUGCUUUACGUGGGCCCGAGCACCCGGGCAGUUGCGGAACUCCGGAGCCUCAGGGCUGGAUUCACUUUAUCUGAGACAACUGCGGCCGACGGCGGAGAAAGCAAAGGCACCCGGGGGCUGGGGGAGCCCGAAGAUUUGGCCGGGAGCUGUCGGGAGAGAGUCAAGUCGGGGAGAAAUCAAAGGAAGGGGUGGAAAACCUACUUCCUUUUCUCCAAGACCAUGGUUGAUCCACCUUCCUUCCUCAGGCUCCUUGACAGUCUUCUAGAGGGAGAAGAGGGAAAAGCAGCAGUUCCUGAUGCAGAUGAACAAGGAGCUCCCAGGUAACCAGCUCGCCACCCUCUUUCCUAUCUGUUAUUGAUUUCACAAAGGAAAAUUUCAAGAUCCCCUAUUGCCCCUGUCCCCUAUCGCCCUUCCUUACCAGUGAGACAGUGCAUGCACAUAUACCUGUACAUGCAUUUGGGAUAGAGUAUGGGGCUUGUUACCAUGUCCCUCCUGUCCAAAGCCACUUCCUUUAAAGAAAGAUAGCUGAAAGAGAGGAACCCCAAGUCAUUUCUCAAACAAAUGCCCAUUUAAACAUCAUCCUUAUCUAGGAAAUCACAAUUUCAUGCAUCUUAUGGAUCACCUUCAGGUCAAAGUUCCAACAGAGUGAAGAAUGAAACCGCUGGGAGCUACCAAGCAAUGCACUUGUUAGUCAACAAUGAAGAGCCCAAGGGAGGAUAAUGGAGAGGGAGACUGGGUUGAGGCUCAGUGUGUAGUAAUGUCUUGCUUAAUGUGUAUGCAUUACUGUUAUGUUAAUCAUAACAACUCACAUCUACUUAUGUAUCCACUAAAAUCUGGUGUCUUGCAUGCAUUAUAAUCUUUAAAACAACCCCAUGAGUUGAAUAUUAUCCGUUUUAGAGAUGAGGAAACAGCUCAGAAAAGCUCAGUAAUUCGUUAAGAUCACACAGCUAGUAAAAGGCAGAGCUAGGGAUGUGAACCCAAGCAAUCUCCAGAACCUCUGUGCAUAACCAUAAUGUUAUAUUUUUUCCAUUUAAAAACAAAAUUAAAAACCUUGCUAUAUAUCAUCUGUUACUAUGAAGAAACCACAGUUUCUAAUUGUGCUCUGCCUUCCCAUCCUCCAGUCUCUGAACUGGCUUGGAGAAGGCAAAGCACUGAGGGUCUCAAGCUUCAUCUGCUCCUUACAAGAGCUUGCUACUAUCUCCUGUGCCAGUGUCCCAGCUCUGCAGGAUCAGCAAGGGACCAAUCUGCCUGCCUGUUAGAGAACUUGGAACUCAUUUGUACUAGGUAGCCUUUCCAUACAAUGGCAUUCUUCCCUGGUCCUAGCCAACCCUUCACACCUGUUGGUAUGCCACACCCAUUCCCACUUUCCCCAACUAGACCUGAACAGGCUAAUUGCCCAAACUUUAUGCUGGAAGGAUUUCCCAGCUAGGACAACUGCUGGGUGUUCUGUGCUCUGGCCUCCUCCGAGAGCCGUGGUAUUACUGAGUGGAUAAAUGAAAGCUGGAUGGGGGCAGGAAAUCAAGGAUAAUCCAUUGUUUCUUGAGCUCUUUGUAAGAAGUACUAUGGCUCACUCACGCCCCCAUUCUCAGCUUUACAGACCCAACACUUGAGUCUUCUGGUUGUUCCCAUCUAGUGCUGCCCCAGGGCCUAGUGUAAACUGAUAGCCUAAUCUGACAUGGGAAAUGCUAGGAGUUUGGCGGAAUCUUUAGGGAUGUGUUAUGUGUUAGGCAUUGUGGUGGGCACUUUAGUCUAAAGGCUGAUGACUAUAUGAACAGGCACAAUUUAGAGUAUGAUAUGUCAGUUGUGGACUAGGAAGUGCCACAAGAGAAACCAUUACUGUGGUCAGGGGCUUGGGUCCUUGAAACGCAGCAGGAACACUGUUGCCCUUUCCUCUUGUCCAGAUCUCAGAUGUCUGAUAGCCUCCUUUUGCUUUGUUUCUCUUUAUGAAUGUGGUUCAUUUCUCUUCAUAAUGAGCCUUAAUUUCUCAACUUUCCAAUCUAACUGCCACAAUCCUUUCUUCUAAUUCCUAUUUCUCUGGAGCUUCUCUGGAUCCUUGUAAUCCACAGGUCAUAGAAUCAGACCUGAAAAUGCUUGUCUUUAAUCACUGGGUCCAGGCUCCUGUACAGAUGAGGACACAGGUCCAGAGAUGAAAAGUGACUCCAGUAGAGUCAAAUAACUUUUUAGGGUAGCUUGAGAUGGAGCUUACGAUCAGGCCUGACCACAUCCCAUUCCCAGGCUACGAAACAGGCCUCUGCAUAGUCAGACUCAUGAUUUUUCACAGCAAGGGAUAACAUCAGAAAUGUUUCAUUUUCUGUUACUAGUUUCCAUUCCCUUCUCCAUUCAGGUAUAAGGAGAAAGAAAAGGGACUGGUAGUUUUUCUCUAUGUCCCCAGCCUUGGCACUUCUUUCAGUGAUUUUGCUAAAGAAGAGUGAAAUUGCUAACAAGACUGAAUAAUCCACCCACUGAAUAGCUAACCUGGAGAGGAAAGGAAAGUUUGCUAUGUGAAUCCCCCUAACCCAAACUACUGUUCUCAUCAGGCCCUCCCAGAGCCUCCCCACUCCCUUCAUAGUGCAGCCCUGUUUACUGGGCCCCAAGCCCUAGUAUUGUGGCUCACUUCAGCUUCCUCAUGCACCUGUUCUCCCUCCUGGAUAAAAGACCUCAUAUUUGAAAUAAAGUUGAAAUAUGAAAAGAGUGUAUAUCAUCAGA